AAUUACGUCAAAGGCGUUCAUCUAAAAUCACUACAAACUCCAUUUCAUCAGCAAUACAUCCUUCAGUUUGCAGUUGCAGUGAUGGUCAUGGAGGCUACCCAUUUCACCACCUCUCAAUAUCAAUAUCAUAUUGAUGGAGGCUUCACCAGAAGACCCUUCAUGCGCAUGCGCAAGCGUAGCCAUAUCAGUUACGGUUAUGGCCCCCACUUCCUGCGCCGAAGCCUCUACGUGCCGUUCAUAGCACUUGGUCCCAAAGCCAAAGCCAAAGCCGAAGCCGAAGCCGAAGCCGAAGCCUCUUCCUUCUCUUCUGUGGAUGUGAGACGAGAGCUUAUAUCGCUGACUCUGCCUGCCCUUGCCAGUCAGGCAAUUGACCCCUUAGCACAGUUGAUGGAAACCGCCUACAUUGGUCGACUUGGCACUGUUGAAUUGGCUUCUGCCGGCGUUUCCAUAUCCAUCUUUAACAUCAUUUCUAAGCUUUUUAAUAUCCCCCUUCUAAGUGUUGCUACUUCCUUUGUUGCCGAGGACAUUGCCAAGGCUUCCUCCACUGCAGAUGCCAAAACAAAACAACAACUCUCCUCUGUCUCCACUGCUUUGCUAUUGGCACUCGUCCUUGGCUUUUUUGAGGCUUUAGCUUUAUAUCUGGGAUCUGGAGCAUUUCUACAUUUAAUUGGUGUUUCUACUCAAAAUCCAACAUAUGUUCCCGCACGACACUUUCUCUCUUUAAGAGCUGUUGGCGCUCCUGCUGUUGUACUUUCUUUGUCUCUUCAAGGCAUUUUCCGCGGUUUUAAGGAUACAAAAACUCCUGUUAUAUGUCUAGGCAUUGGUAACUUUUCAGCUGUCUUUUUAUUUCCCUUACUUAUGUAUUACUUUCGGUUGGGUGUAACUGGUGCGGCCAUUUCCACAGUUAUCUCUCAAUAUAUUGGGACCAUGUUGAUGAUCUGGUGUCUGAAUAAGCGAGCUGAGUUACUACCUCCAAAGAUGGGAGACCUGCAAUUUGGCAGUUAUAUUAAAUCUGGUGGUUUCCUUCUUGGAAGAACACUUUCUGUUCUUUCAACCAUGACAUUGGGGACAUCAAUGGCUGCUCGACAUGGUCCAGUAGCUAUGGCGGCACAUCAGAUAUGUAUGCAAGUGUGGUUGGCUGUUUCCCUUCUUACAGAUGCAUUGGCUGCAUCUGGUCAGGCCCUUAUUGCAAGUUCUGUAUCCAGACAUGAAUACAAAGUUGCGAAGGAAGUUACUAGUUUGGUAUUAAGGAUUGGACUGGUAAUGGGUAUUUGCUUGACUGCAAUUCUGGGUGCAUCGUUUGGAUCUUUAGCCACCAUUUUUACUCAGGACACUGAAGUCUUGCAGGUGAUCAGAACUCUGGCGUUGUUUGUUAGUGCUUCUCAACCAUUUAAUGCACUGGCCUAUAUUUUUGAUGGUCUCCAUUAUGGUGUUUCUGAUUUCCGAUAUGCUGCUUUCUCCAUGAUGUUUGUGGGAGCAGUCUCCUCUGCAUUCUUGGUAUUUGCACCUCCACUUUUUGGCCUUCAGGGCGUAUGGCUGGGCUUAGGUCUCUUCAUGGCUCUUCGUGCGGCAGCUGGUGCUGUCAGAUUACUAUCAAAGAAUGGCCCUUGGUGGUUUCUACACAGAUUUACAAAUUGCAGAGGUGGUCUCAUAAGCCUUUAGAUGGAGAAUAUGGAUGCAACACUGGAUGUGACAUUUUGAAGAGGAUUGUCUCCGUUGGAUAUUAUAUUUAGAUGUGUAGAUAAUAGGACAUUUUAGAAGCACUUUCUAGGUUCUCGCAAUGAAAUUAGUCAUUUUUCCAGUCAAUGUUACAGUGUAAAGGAAAAUGGUUCAAUUUAGUAUUUUAAUAAUG